ACAGGAAGAGAGGGAUGAGCCUGACUUUGUAGCCCCAAGAGAUCUAUGCAAAUUCCGCCCCUUGAUAAAUAAAAGCCUAUCAAUGAAUAGUCUGAUGAGAGAACGUCUGCCUCCACCAAUAAGGAGUGAAGAGAAGGAAAAAAGAAGCAGACGUCAAGUGAGCCGCACGAGUGUUCCUGCUCAGAGCAAACCGGGGCGUAGGGGAGUGACAGACACCUCUGCAGUGGGAGAAAAACCUCAGCUUCAAAGAGAUGACAAUGUACAAAGAAGACCAUGGGUUAGACCUUCCUCUACACUCCCACGUAGGAAAUCCACAGUACCUUGGUGCAGGAAUGAGGACUUACCGUUACUUGGACAAGAGCCUGGAAUAGUUCAAGACCAGAGUCCUCACUUACAAGAGAUUAAGAGCCAGAUAGCAGAAAAUCAAGGAAAGCAAAAAGAUCUAGAAGGACAGUUUCUUGCUAUGUCAGGGCAGAUACAGGAGUUGCUGGGACAACUCUCAAAAGUAGACGAGACCCAGAGGGCAUUUCAGGAUGAGGUGGCUGAAAAACUGAGCCAGUUAUUGGAGAGGAUAAAUGCCUUAGAACUUCAGAAGCAUGAAGAGCAGUCAAUGGGAGAAAAUGUGGCACAAAGAAUCACAGCUUUGGAGAUGCGGUUAUCCGUUUUGGAGAAAAGAAGCAGGUGUGAACUAAAGAACAACAUCAACUCCCAUUUGGGGGAAGACCUGAAGGAGGACACCCAGGAAGACAGCUGCACAAUUAUUACCGAAACCCUUCCUAACAACAGGGAGGAAUAUUAGAUAGAUACAAUGCACCACUGAUCCUAAAACAAAAACUAGAUUUUGUAGUAUAAAAUCUAGAUUUGCUUUUCUAUGCUCAUGGUAUAAAAUUUGAUAAACACAUGAUAUAAAAUUUGAA